CUGCAUAUCCUUCAAGGCAUGUCCUAGCAGGCAGCACGGGAAACGUAAUGAUGACGUCAUGGACUCAAUGGCCACCCGGAGAUGACCAUGUGCUUUCUCGAUUCCUCAAGUUCUCGCACACUACAACAUUCUGCGUGAAAUAACUGAUUCGCUGGAGUCACAUCGCUUUCCUUGUUUGAGGGCUUAAGUCUUUCUUGGAGCACUCAUGAAUCCCCCUGACAAACAGGAAUUCAACCCUAAUGGUGACUAUCUCGAAAGAUCACAGUGGCUCAAGCCUUGCUGCUGUAGGGUAGGCCAUAGGCCUAAGUUAGGCGUCCAGAACACCCCCAUAUUCGCCAUAACCCCCUCACGGAUACAUGGGUCUUAGUAUCUCCUCAUCGGACUAAACGCCCAUGGCAAGGACAAGUGGAAAAGAUACGAGAGGAGGAAAUCCCAGAAUUCGAUCCAAGCAAUCCUCUAUGUCCUGGAGUCACACGGCCAAAUGGACAGGUGAAUCCAGAGUACACCUCAACAUAUGUGUUCACAAAUGAUUUCCCUGCACUACUUGAGGAUUCCCCAUCUCCUUCAAUCUCUCAUGACAGUCUCUUUCAAGCCAAGGGAGCACAAGGGACAUGCCGAGUUUUCUGCUUCCAUCCAAAGUCCAACAUCACCAUCCCUCUUAUGACUGUAGAGGAGAUUAAGGCAGUCAUUGAUAGGUGGUGUGAGGAGAUCGUUGAACUUGGAGGAAGAUACUCAUGGGUCCAGAUUUUUGAAAACAAGGGAGCAAUCAUGGGAUGUUCAAACCCUCAUCCCCAUUGCCAGAUUUGGGCCAGUUCAUUUCUACCCAAUGAGGCCUUGAUCAAAGAUGUCCAUCAGAAAAAAUACCUAAAAGACUAUGGGAAGUCACUCUUACUGGAUUAUGUUCAUAAAGAACUUCAACAAAAGUUUUUCUUCCAUACUAGGUAUGAAAUGCUGGCUCAGCCACAGCGAGAUCUGACUCCUGAACAGGCUGCUGACAGGCUCAGAAAUCUUCCUGAAUUUCAUUACAAAAUGUCUGAACUGUGA